UUGUGUUGAUGUUUUGUUUGUUGUUUACAAUGCUCAUCAAGUGGUUAUUUUUUCCGUAAAUAACCACACAAAGGCUCAAAUUGGUGGUCAAUGCGAUUGACGAACGGCACUUGAGCAUGGCUAUCUUUGGCGAGUAACUCUCCAUUUCGAAUUCGAACUGAGAGGGAAAACAUCUCUCUCCGCCUUUCGACUUGUUUCGUUCAACAUGGCUCUUGUCGUGUAUCUGCUCCAAACACUCUGGGGAUUGCAUAUCUUAGGAGUCACACCCACCACCCACGCCUUCUUCCUGGAAAAAUUGUUCGCCCCCUCCCAAGAGCUGAAGGAUCGUUGUCAUGGAACCUGCCAAUUGUGCACCACUUGCUGGCUGACUGGAGGUCGCAUCACGGGUUAUUGCGGGGGAUUCUUCAUGAUAUGCUGCGAAUCGCCCCCUCAGGAAGCCGAAGCCCGGAAAAUGAGCUUUUGGAACGAGCCCGUCCAGAACGAAGUUGGUCCAUUACAAGAGAUUAAAUUUGGACCCGUCAUCAAUGAGCCCACUUGUGGACGUCCCCGGAUAGCUCAUCGUCGGGUCGUAGGUGGAGAAGAGGCGGGGUUUGGACAAUACCCGUGGCAAGCCCUGAUUCGAAUUGGUCGAAGUCGAUGCGGUGGAGCCCUGAUCAACUCCCGGAACGUGGUCACGGCCGGUCAUUGCAUUCAACGGGCACCCGCUCAUCAAAUUCGAAUUUUUCUGGGUGAAUAUACCCUUUACAACAGUAUCGAACCUCUGCCUCGACAAGAAUUCGGUGUCGAGGAGAUAUUCAAGCAUCCCUAUUAUCGUUUCACCCCCGAAGCCGAUCGCUACGACGUUGCCGUCCUUCGACUAGACCGACCUGUUCGGUACGAACCUCACAUUAGCCCGGUGUGCUUGCCCAUGAAGGGUGAAGACGUUCCUAUCGAUACCGAGGGAAUGGUGGCUGGAUGGGGAGCAAUGAGCCCCAAUGCCAUUGACCGACCGAUCGACCUACAAGCUGUAGAUGUGAAGGUGGUCAAUAGUUCGCUCUGUGAAUCAUGGCAUCACAAGAAUGAGAUUGAGGUCACUAUUUACGACGACAUGAUGUGUGCUGGCCAUGAACAAGGUGGUAAAGAUGCCUGCCAAGGUGACUCGGGAGGCCCGCUCAUGACCCGAAUGGACGGUAAAUGGGUUCUUAUCGGCAUCGUGUCCGCCGGUUACUCAUGCGCCAAACCAGGACAACCUGGGAUUUACCAUCGAGUGACGAAGACGUCUGACUGGAUAUCGUACAUUUCUAGACAUCAUCUUAUAGAGGCAAUGAACAUGCCGAUCUACAUAAAUAUGUAUUAUGCUUAUUUCAGAUUAUUUUCGGUGUCUGGAAAAUCGGAAGCGUCUUCGUUUUCGUCGAUUCCCCGUCGCUCUCGUGGUCAAUGCAAAAUCCACCAACCCUUGGCUCUUCUAUGGAUCUUAUCCGUGAUUGCAUCCACUUGCAUCAUAUCCACGGACGCAUUUUUUUCCUGGCCGUUGCAAAGUCGUCGAUCCUCAAGUUCGUGCAGCGACACGGGUGGGUUGUGUCAAUCCGCCCUCAGUUGUUUCUUGGGGAUGGGCGUGUCUUAUAGUGGCUGUGGGUUCCUCAAUGUAUGUUGCGAACAGCCAUAUUCGGCAAAUCGUUGGAUGCGAGAAAAUCCCUAUCCGGAAGAGAGUAUCUCCGUUCGGGUGAGUGAACAAGUUCGAAAUCAUCCUGUUGAAGAUUUUUUCGGCCAAGUCAUCAACGACCCGCAGUGCGGUCGUCCCGAUUCGUAUUCGGCCAACCGCCGUGUUCUUGACGGCCAACCUGCGGGCUUUGGGAGUUUCCCAUGGCAGGCCUUGAUACGGAUUGGCAAGGGCAAAUGCGGUGGAGUUCUCAUCAAUCGACGUCAUAUCGUCACAGCUGGACAUUGUGUCAAGAACAAGCCGUUGAACCGUAUUCUCGUCACUCUCGGCGAAUACCAUCUCAAGCGGGCUGAGCCUCUUCCUAGUCAGAAUUUCAGGGUGGUUCGUGCGGUGGUUCAUCCCAAGUUUCAAUUCAGUCCUGCGGCUGACAGAUUUGACGUGGCUGUUCUGACGCUAAAUCGGCCGGCCAAUUACGCCCCUCACAUCUCGCCAAUUUGUUUGCCUGAGGCUGGACGAGACCCUGAACCUGGAACCACGGCCUAUGUGGCUGGAUGGGGGGCUCUGAUUCCGGAUGAUAUAACGGGUCCACUGAUUCAGAUCCUCGUGCCCGAAAUUAAACGACCUAGUGUGUUGCAAGUCGUGAAUGUGCCAGUUUUGGAAAACGAUCGCUGCGAGAGCUGGCAUCAGAAUGCAGGGAUCAAGGUGCAUAUCUGGCCUGAAAUGGUUUGCGCUGGAUAUCGACAAGGUGGCAAAGACUCUUGCAAAGGAGAUAGUGGAGGUCCAUUGAUGGUUCAACAAGCCGAUGGCCGGUGGGUGUUAAUUGGUUUAGUUUCGGCUGGAUUUUCUUGUGGAAAACCGGGACAACCUGGAAUUUAUCAUCGCAUCUCUUCCACCUCGGAUUGGAUUACGUAUCAGGCUUAUGGACAUAGAUUCUACAAAUAAGAGGUCGUCUGAAUGGUGGACCUUCAAUCAAAAGUCUCGCGAACCUUUCACCAAGCACAUCGUUCUUGGGGCUCAAUAAGUUGAAAACGAAUAUCUUGACCAUUUGAUCCAACUCUUAACACCUCCACCUGCAUUACAACGGAUCUGAUUGAUCCAUUCAUCCAGAACAGAUAUCGUACGGAUUGAUAACUUCCAAGUCCCUCCCAACCUAGUCAACGGUUACAUCUCAGCAUACAUAUAUACCUUCUCU